UAAUGAAAUUGAAUAGAAAUCGAUCGAUCAAUAUUUAAAAAAUCCUGCAAUUAAUAUGAUUACAAUGAAGUUGAAUAUUAUGAUGUUACUUAUGAUGGUACUUCAUAAUACGAAUCUACUAAACGCUGAUCAAGAAAAUAAACUCGGGAUUAUCGGAGGAAAUAAAACAACCAUUGAAAAGCAUCCUUGGAUUGUUUCUAUCCAGUCGGAAGGAUACCAUAAUUGUGGUGGAUCUAUAAUAAACGAGAACACUAUUAUUACUGCUGCGCAUUGUUUUGACUCAACUGAAGAGGUGCAGAUACUUGCAGGUACAGCAGAUUUGACUCAAAAAGGCGAAAUUAUUAAAGUGCAACGUGUGAUUAACCAUGAAAACUUCAAUCUUAGCAACGGCGUAAGUGACGACAUUGCGAUUUAUAAGUUAUCGUCAAACUUGACGUUUAGUGAUAAAAUUAAACCUAUAGCCCUUCCGGAAAAUAAAGACAUAGCGGAUGGAACACCGGUGAUUGUAUCUGGUUGGGGAUACACGAACCAGGAUAGACCCGAUGUAUCUAAUGAUUUGUUAGAUGUUGAACUCUACAUUGUAAAUCCAGAAAUCUGCUAUGAAGAAAUGGGCGAUCAGCUGACUGAUAACAUGAUUUGCGCAGGAUUCGAAAGUGGAUUUAAAGGCUCCUGCAAUGGUGAUUCUGGAGGACCUCUUGAACUAAAUAACACCUUGGUUGGUAUUGUUUCUUGGGGCGGUGAGGAAUGCGCGGGACCUGAAUCACCUAAUGUAUUCACCAAGGUAGUGAAUUAUAUAUCAUGGAUAAAAGAACACAUUAACAUUUAAAGCAAUCUUUGAGAAAAAUGUCAUAUUUCUAAAUAAAACUUAUUUUUCUCCAAAAAAUUUAUGAAAAAAUAUUUUUGAAUCAAAUAACAAUUGAUAAACAUUUAUAUAAAAUAAUAGUAAUCUGUAAUCUGUAAAAUAAUAGUACCUCUGAAGUUGUAA